AUGGCUGAGUCUAACGGGGAGGAUCCAGCUAAGUCUUUAGCCCCACUUUAUCUCACUCCCCGUAGCGACCAGCCCGAAGAAGACCAGUACCAAGACCAAACCAAACAACACGUCCACCACGACCACCAACGGACCAAACUAAUCUUAUGUUGUGGCUUCAUCUUAUCUCUAACCAUACUCAUCGCAGUCACUUUCAUCAUCCUCUCCCUCACGGUCUUCCACCUCCACAGCCCGAAGCUCACAGUAACUUCCAUAUCCAUCAUCCAACCGUUGGACUUCGUCAACGGUAAAGUCAACACGACUCAAAACGCUACCCUCGCAGUGGAGAUCUCAUUACACAAUCCUAACCCUGCCGUGUUCAAAGUUAAAGACGUUUCGGUUUUGUUUUACCACGAUGAACUGGUGGUGGUGGUUGGGGAGAGUACUAGAAGAAGCGAAACUAUUCCGGCGAAAAAGACGGUCGAGAUGAAUCUAACGACGGAGAUCGAUACGAGAAAGCUACUAGCAUCUGUUCCAGGUCUAAUGGAGGAUUUUAACGGAAGCGUGGUGUUGAGAAACAGAGUUGCAGUUAACGGUAAAGUAAAGAUGAUCAAGAUUUUCAAGAAGUCUGUUCAGCUUAAGACAGAUUGUGUCGUGACGAUGAUGAUGAUGAACAACUCAUCAAAGCCUAGUUUUGAUUGUAAUAGGACAAGAAACACGUACGAACAUGUUCGAAACUGAAAGAUCAAAUUUUUAUUUAUAAAUGUCUGUAAAUAAACUCAGUUCACAUGUAAAAAAAGGAAAGAUGCAUUGUAAAAUCAAAAAAGACAAGUUUUGGUUUGCACCGGUUAAUAUGAAUCACUCACCGGUUUAUUUC